AUGGUUGAAAAGUCCAAAUCGGAUGCUAUAUGUUUACUUCCAAUUAAUACUAAUGAAGAUGUUGGCAAGAGUAUGUGGCAGGAGUUAUUUAUAACGGUUCCGGAUGCAACAAACAUGACAACGGAGUGGGCGAUGUCAGAGCUUGUUCGUAACAUAGAAAUCAUGAAUAAUUUGAAAGCUGAGAUUGCUCAAGUUGUAGGCCAUGAAAGAAGGAUGGAAGAAAGUGAUAUGGAAAACUUGCCAUAUCUACAUGCCGUAAUCCAAGAGACACUAAGGUUACACCCUCCCGCUCCCUUAUCAAUACCACGCAACGUGAUAAAAGAUAUUGAGGUAACGGGUUAUUUGAUACCUAAGGGAACCCAGGUAUGGGUUAAUAUUUGGGGUAUUGGAAGGGAUCCUACUACUUGGGAGGAUCCUUUAUCCUUCAAUCCAGAGAGGUUCCUAAACUCUAACAUUGAGUAUCAUGGACAAAAUUUUGAGUAUUUACCAUUUGGAGCUGGUCGGCGAAUUUGUCCAGGGCUCCCUCUAGGUCCUAUUAUGCUUCACCUUGUCUUAGGGUCACUUGUUCAAUCUUUUGAUUGGUCACUUGGGAAAGCUAUUAUUCCAGAGACUCAAGAUAUGGAUGAAAAGAUUAAGGUUACAUCACGGAGGGCUAGCCCAUUAAAAGUUAUACCCACGCAAUGUAAGUCGAUACUUCAUAUAUCUAAACACUAG